UGAGAUUUGAGAGGGAAAAUAGAUAUGUUAGCACCAGGAAAUGAUCUCCAAUGACUGUUUCAAUACCUUAGGAAUAGUCAUGACACGGAUGACGCAGAAAGGAGGGGGAGCAUUAUAUCCCCCAAUUAGCAGUCGAAAAUAUUAACAAGAGUCCCUGGAUUGGCAUAUGCUGUUCGCCCCAUGUGUUUAAAAGCCUCCCGUGUUAAUAAUGUCUACUUAUAAAGUGGCAGCCGAACAAUGUACAAGUUUUCCACAAUGGAGAACGAGUUUGGAGCGCUGGCCACAUACGAAAUAACACAUUCUUUGGACCAYACCAAGGGGAUAUCGACACGAUGGCCGCCCGAAUCCUGAGCAUCCAAGAACCAGCCAAGCAGUUACAGGAGAAGGACAAGGUAAUGAAUUUGCAUCUCGAAGCAGACGAGCAAAUAUGGCUGCAGAUAGUGCCUGGGGCAUUAUGCAAGUGGGAUCCAACUAUGGAGAUGAUUCGCGGACCAGACAAUGAGAUCUAUCUCAGAACUACUAGAGAUAUUAUGCCGAGAGAGGAGCUCAGAGCGUGGUUCAGCCCUUCGCUUGAAAGAGAGAUUGGCAUUUCAAAGAAUGAUAUGGCUGUCAAGAGUAAAGGUAUUGGACAACAAUGUCCUACCUGCGAUAUGAUAAACCAGCGGAGUCUCUUCGCAACGCAUGCGCUUCUUCGCUGCCAGUCUGAUGAAGCAAAAAGGGAAAAUCACCAGAGUAAAUAUAAAGAACUUUCCGGCAGUAGCUCUCUUUCUCUUACGCAAACCUCUUCGUCCAGCUUAGACAGAUCCUUUCGGAUGAAUCCCUCCUCUUAUGAACUAGAUUCAAAUUUACACCACAACCUGCAUUCAGCAUUUCGUCGAUUAGCUAAGAAUGUGUUUCCGCCAUUCCAAGAUCCAAAGCUUGCCAGUCUUAUUUCUUCCUUCUCAGAACCUCGACAUCUCAAGGAAACGAGCUCUGAAACCUUAGCUGAUCACCAUAAAAACGAGUUUAGGAAAAAAUUCCAAGGCAAUGAACAUUAUCUUAGGAAACACUUGUAUAGAGAAGGAUCAGGCGAAAAAACCUUUAUGUUGACAAAGGAGCGUUUUCUGGCAUCACUAUCAAUGCAAAAGCCUGUCAAGUACGAAACACUGGAAAUGAACUGCCGCGACGAUAACGAAAUGAUGAGGCAUGAACAGCAGCGCUGGGAUGAGAUGCAUUCAAGGGAUAUGGUGAUGGUCAGUGAUGCGAGGAGAUCCUCUGAUAUCGAUAGAAACACUCACAUGAUAUGGAGUCCCUACAGCGGUAUGUCUGAAGACUGGUUCCGUACUUCUAGUAACGACCAAAGAGAUUCAGAAUUAUCGAAUCGUGUUUCUACUAUAGAAUCUUUUCAUGAUAAGGAUGAAGAGUCACGUGAUAUUGGUCCAUGCACCACGUGUCAUGACUCUACUUGCACUUGUAACGGUGAAUGUGACGCUAGAAGCCGAAACAAAUUUGAAGAACAAUCAGAAAAACUGAAUGACAUUGCUGAUCAAAAUCAAAUAGAAAGAAAUGAGCUCAAAGAUCAAGUCAAUGAGACAUCAAGUUUAGAAGUUCAAGACACCAUCUCUUCUGAUUCAAUACACGGGGGAAUGGACUCAAAAGUUGAACAAAAAUGUAGUCCCAUAAUGGAGAGUGUAGAACAGCAUUCAUUCAUGCCUCGUUAUUGCGUGACAGCACCAAGACCAUGGUAUUUGCCUGAGAAUUCUUUUCUAUCAAGCGUGACAAGAAAAGAGCUGGCUCAAUACCAUGAGAGAGCGUCGACAUUUUCAAUGGCCUCGCUGUCACGAUACCAGCACCUUAACCCAUUUGCACUGCCUUAUACCUUGGGCAGUAGUCCCCAGUCCACUUCUCGAGCAUCUCAGGGAUUCACGUGUGAUUUUUGCGGCAAGGUUUACUGCAGGAAAUACGUCCUAAAAAUCCACAUGCGCACGCAUACCGGAUUCAAGCCUUUGAAGUGUAAAUUUUGUGACAAGUCGUUCAGCGAUCCCAGUAAUAUGAAAAAACAUGUCAAGCUGCAUGACAGCGAAAAUACCGUACAUAAAUGCAAACAUUGUGGAAGAAGCUUUGUGAGGUACCGAGGGCUAUUAAACCAUAUUAAAUCGAAGCAUACUGAGCCUUUGAAUAUCGAGAUGUUAAUAUAGUACUCCUCGUUAGCAUGUUACGUAAUCGCGGCCAUGGCGGUGCUAUUCAGAGGGGCGGAUCAUGGAAUUUGUUAGUGGGGUGUCCCACACGAAGAAAUGUAUAUGCAUCGCUUAAAAAAAGCGUGAGUAAUUAUGGCGUUAGGGAGGUGUCGCGGUGCACCACAGGACACCCCCUGGAUCCGCCCUCAUUUAACAUGAGAUUUCUCUGAUACAUACUAAUGCAUUGUUGAAGGUUUUGCAAUAGAGGUUUUGCACCAUUACCUGCCUAUCCCAUAAUACUACUUGRGCUUCAUGUGUUUAGAUGAAAGAACAUUAAAAUACUUUUGCUCUUGAGAAUUGAAUUCUUUCUCAUGUAAAAUGAUUGCAUUCUUCCUGCCAUCUAACAUGGCUGCCGUCACGUGAUGGUGCAAAAUCUCUAUACAUAAGAAUACAAACUUCAAAGAUAUUAAUAACGCACGGUGUUUUGGAGUUAUCGUGACCCCAUUAUCAAAGCCUUAACUAUAAAUAGCUAGAGUUCAAAUGUUGCUGUACGAAGUAUAUUGAACGUAUAUUGAAUCCAUUGUUAACCGCACCAAUAGCCGCUAACAUUUYGUCUUUUGACUCUCUUGAAAUAAAGUUGCAACCCAUCAAUAGACCCGUUUCGAAUUCCAA